AUGAAGCUCUUCGCGACCUCUAUCCUCGCCCUCCUGGGCCUCGCCACCGUUACUUCCGCCCUCGACGAUCUCGAUGAUAAAGCCUGCAACGAGGGCGAGAAGCAGUGCAUCCUCAAGGGCCAGAUGAUCGAUCAAUGCAUCAACGGAAAGUGGGCCAUCGUCAAGGUCUGUAAGCCUGGCGAUGUCUGCGUUGAGAACCCUACAGCUCUGUGUGUUCUGAAGCCCGUUCAGAAGGGGACCACCAAUGCAGAGCGAGACGUCUCCGCCAUGGCCGACCUUGGUAACGACGUUGCUGAGUCUUCUGCCACCGACGACUGCCGCGAUGGCGACGCACAGUGCGAAGUCCUCCCACUCAUCUUGCUUGGCCGCCACGCGAUUAAGCGCUGCAACGACGACCACAAGUGGUUUACCGCAGAGGUCUGCAACCCAGAGGACGUCUGCAAUGCCAAGCCCUAUCCUCAAUGUGUCGGUGUCAAGGCUGUUGAGGCUCGCGAAGAGGACGGUGACGAGGACUCUAUCGAUACUGCUAACAAAGCUGAAAUGCCAUGCUCCAAAUGCAAGAAGUUUCGCGAGCAGUGCAAUACAGAUUGCUGCAAGCGAACUCAUUGCAGGACUCAAACGGUUUGCCGCAAGGAGUGCAUCAACCAGAUGGAGAUCUUCCUGGUUGAAGACGGUCAGAACGGACGGUACCGCGGUAGUUGCAAGUACUACUGCCCGCAGUUGUUGUAA